UGGGUGCUGGGCUGGUGGAUGUGCAAGACAGUACCGUACGUGCAAGGCGUGUCGGUAGCCGCCUCAGUCUACAGCCUCAUCGCCGUCUCCUUAGACAGGACUCAAAAGGCAUUGAGGCCACCAUUGCCAUCUCCACAGACGUCUCGCAACCGCACCGGCCUCCGCUGCCGCCACACUGAACAUCACCUCCACCGCACCGGCCUCCCGUGUCCCCCACCUCCACCGCACCGCCAUCGUUCGGGCACCGCCUCCACCGCUGCAACCGCUACAUUGCGUCCUUCGCCCCAUGACCUCGCUCCUAUCGCGCGACCCACCGCUGCACUGGGACAAGCGUGGAAUAUUAACAGUAGCGACGCGAGGCGCUGUUGA